AUGAAAAUUAAUUAUCAUGUUGAUGAAACAAUACCUCAAAAUUAUCCGUUAGUUUACUUCUAUGAUCCUUGCCAAACAGAAUAUUCCAUACAAUACAUAUUUGAUACGAACAGCACAAAAAAUGUUGAAGUAUUAUCUGAAAUUAGAGCUUCAAAUGUAUUAAAUGAGGAUUUAGAUAUUGUAUACUAUAAUGAGAACGUACGUAUACUUGACCAAGAUGAAAUUCCUUUUGCACCUAUCAUUGAAGGGGCAAAUCAUUUCAAAUUAAAAAUUUCUGCGAACAGAACACCAGAACCUGAUGAGUCAACAACAGAAUCAGAAACAACAGAAGAAACAACAGCUAUAUCUUCUGAAUUUACUCAUGUAACGCCACCUGCAACUAUUGCAGCUACGCCACAAGGGCUUAUCAAUUCUCCUGACGAAUUAAACAUCCAAAUAGACGGAAGCAAUGCAUAUGACAAAAUUUUUUCAUUGACAUCGAAAAACAAAAUCCUUCAGAGAUAUUUCAAGAACAGAGUUGUUUCUCUUGCAUGUGAUGAAGACAGGAAAAACUUUGCUUUAAUAGCUAUUAACUCAACUAUAAAAAUAUCAUCAGAUAAUAUUUGUUCAGUGGCUAUUUAUGGACGAAAAAAUACAAUUGAAGCAAGUGGACCAAUUAUUUUCAAUAUUGUCGCAGAUACAAAUAUUCUUUCUGAAAAGU